AUGGGAGGAAGGGCACACCAGGGUCAGGGGAAGCAGCACCGCCGCCACGCGGGAGGGAACAUCCUCCACCGCCAUCGCGGUAGUAGACCGGACGUGCCAGCAGAAACACACCGAGCCCCUACUGGCCCGGCCAGGCCCGCCUGGCCCGUAAAGUUUCCGCCGCCACGCUGCAGCUGGCCGGCGAGCAACGGCGCCACCACCCAUCCCCGCCGACGCCCCACGUCCGCCUCCAGGGAGCAGCACCCGGGCCUGAGGCCGUCCACCCCAACCCAGAUGGGGCCCAGAGGGCCCAGAUCUGGGCCAAGAGGGCGCAGCCAGCCGCCGCCGCCCGCCGCCGACCGGCCAUCCGCCGCCAAGCCACCUCGCCGCUCCGCCGCCAGGGAGCGAGCACCUCCGCCUCGAGAGCCACCGGCCGCGCCGGACCAACACCUAGCCUAG